UCCGUCGAUAUAAUUCGCCAAAAUAACACAUUUAAAUUUAAAACAAUACAAACAAGAUCUAAUAGAUAUUUUGCUUAUAAGUUCUAUCGAUUUAAAAACUUAACUUAAUAAUACUAGUCAACUUCUAAUAUUGUAAGUACAUUUUAAAACACCUUAAAAUUCACUACGUAUUUUUAACACAAGGAGACAACACGCUAUAACGUUUCGAAUAUGUAUAGUAGUUUAAUAUAUCAUUGUAAAACCAAUAUCUUCUCGGCUCUGCAUUGAAGAUGACUAAGUGGCGACUGAAUCUAACACACACACAGAAUAAUAAUUUAGUAUUAUUUUUGCAGAUAAAAAUGAAGCUUUUAAGUAUUUUAAUAUUAUUUGCCUUGGUAAAUGAUUUGGUAUCUGAAUUAGAUGAUUUUGUUAAGCAAGUUCUCAUAACAAACGAUCACAUUAAGCUUGCAAAUAGUCACAUGCCGAAAAUAAUUAAAAAACUUCUGCUUGAAAAAUUUACGAUGGUGGAAUUGGUUUUUAUGUUAGCAACACCAGAAAACGAUAGCCAAUUCAUAAAGCCUCUGGAACGGUUAGAGUACCAGAUGACUAUGCAAUCAGUAAUAAGUGCUGAAACAGGUAUCGAUGCACCUCAGUUAAAAAAAGAAAGUUUGACGACUCUUCUAGAACAGAGAAGACUUCGUUCUACAGAAGGUUUAAAAAAUAAAAUCAUUCGUGCAUCUGGCCAAUCGUAUGAUAAUUUUCUGACUUAUUUGGGAAGUGAAAGACGAUAUAUAACUUCAGAAGCUAUACAAUUAUUAAUACGGGAAAAUGAUCCUUUUUUUUCAGAUUUCAACGAGAUGUGUCGUUUAAUAGGAGUAUUUAGAAGUAUUAAUUACCCUAAUUCAUAUGUCGACCAUGCUAGUAGUAACAAAGGGCAGUGCUUUAUAACAAAUGUACACUGGAAAACUACAAUAUAUAUAAUCAUUGACGGUGAAAUAUGGGAAGUAGACUCAAAUCAUGCUCGUAUUAGGCAUUUUUCUUGGGAGUUACAGGAUUAGCGCAAAUAAUGAUAACUGAUUUUAUAGUUCUAUUAUAGUUUUCUUUAAACAAUUUUCGUACCGCACUAAAAUCCAAAUUGUCAAUCAAUUGAAUGUAUUAAAUAAUAAACAGAUUUAAUAACGAUUA